UGACGUCAGGAGCCGGAGAAGCCGACAGCCUCAUAUCAAAAACAAGCAGCUAAGUUGCGUUAGCUCGCUCCUCUGUCCACGAGCAGACAGUUGGCCGGAUCGUCACUUUAACUUUUUUUUUUUUUGGAAGGGGAAGCAACUUUUAGCAACAACACGAGUUGUUUGUUUUUUUUGUUUGUUUUUUUUAAACUCAGUCCCACGGACCAACUUUAACUCCAGAAAGUCAUGGCGUGUGGAGCCACCCUGAAGAGGACCAUGGAUUUCGAUCCGCUGAUGAGUCCCACGUCUCCCAAAAGACGGAGAUGCAUCCCGGUGUCCCCGUCCGCCUCCACCUCAUCCCCUAGGAAGUAUCUUAGCAUGGAGCCCUCGCCAUUUGGGGAGUCGUCGUCAACACUUAGUGCAGAACAAAUCCUCAACAGCAUCAAGCAGGAGUACAAACGCAUUCAAAAGAGGAAGCAUCUAGAUGGAGGCUACCACCAGUCAGAGUGCUGCUAUUCUCCAGAGUCCCCAUCCCAGUCGUCUACUAUGAAUGUGUCCAGCAUGCCAGGAACGUCCUCCGGAGGCGUUUCUCCCACUAGAAAAGAACAGCCAUUAUUCACCCUCAGACAAGUCGGAAUGAUCUGCGAACGCCUGCUGAAAGAAAGGGAAGAGAAGGUGCGGGAGGAAUACGAGGAGACCAUGACUUCAAAAUUGGCAGAACAAUAUGACACCUUUGUGAAGUUCACACACGAUCAGUUAAUGCGACGAUUCGGGGAGCAACCUGCAAGCUAUGUUUCCUGAGUGUGGCACAGAAAUCCUUUGCAAGACGGCCUUCUCUUGCUGCAAGCUAUCAUGCGAUAUCUCAAGAAAGAAAGGAAGAAAAAAAAAAAGCUCAUCAUUGUAAGAGAUUCAGUUUAGCUAGUUUAAAUGAAACUUUUCUUACUGUGCCAUAUUUCUGUCUUUGGGCAAAGGUUUAUAUGGAGCUGUUGUCAGUUGUUACCACUCUGUUGUAAGCAACUAGGUGCUUCCCAAUGUAAAUUUAAUGGACCCUAUCUCUACCAGUGGCCUAUGUUCCUCCUGCUGUACGUGUAUCUACAGUUAUCUCACUUUUGUAAUGAUUCCCAGCAUUCCAGGCUUUGUCACUUGUUUUCUUGUUUGUUACAUGUAAAUAUGAUAAAGCAGCGCAGAGUUUUACUUAAAGGUUUGCUGGUCAAUCUGAGAGGAAGUGGAAGAAACACAGCCGAACAGAGGGAAUGUUUGCAGUUUGUUCUCUGUUCGUUGAUUUUUAAAUUGAGCAUACAGUUGGCUAAUUU